ACGGGACGGCAAAAUCGACGGGACAAGCCCGACUCCAUCUACCUUCGCACACGGCAUACUCCAACCCGCAACAAAUAAUAAUAAUAACGAUCAUGGCACGGUGUACGGCGGCAUUUGCCCUUCUCUUUCUCUGCUUGGGAACCACGUCAUGGGCCUUUACCACGACGAAUAGCCCGCUUGCGGCCGUAUCGAUUGCCCGGACGCGGCGAUCGCAGACCCCCCCGGUCGUCGUCCUGGGGGCGGGCGGCUUCGAGUGGGAGGACCCCACCGACGAGCAGUACGACCAGGGCGUCGAAAACCCCUUCAAGAACCCGGAGCUCCUCAAGGCGAUGAAAAAGGGCGACGACGAAAGCGGGGACGACGAAAACGCCAAAACCAUCGAUCCCGCCCGCCUGCUGGGCCCGAGGCUCCAGGGAUCCAACCUGUACCUGGUCGGAAUGAUGGGUUCCGGAAAGUCCAGCGUCGGAGACAAGCUUGCCAGGCGUAAGUCCAGAGCUGGUCACACAUUUACUUAGAUCGGAAGCCGUGCGAAGCGAACCGGAAGGUUGGCGAUGCCGCUGGAUUUUGCGCUGUUCUGUGCUGUGUGCUAUUGCGCGCUGCGAAGCCCUUUGGUCGAUUCGUUUGGUCGUUUCGAAUGUUCGGUGAAGCAUCGUUCGCAUGUGUCGCUAUCGACCCGUCGCCGAUUUUUGCUGCUCGUGCUUCUUUUUUGUGUUUGUUGCGCACCUCAUCUCACAUCCACUGCCCCUGUUUGAAACAUCACACGCAACGAAACGAAACGCAACGAAACGAAACGAAACGAAACGAAACCAAACCACCACCCGGUUCUCUUCCGCGCCCGCGCAGGAAUGGGGUCGUACAAGUUCCUGGACACGGACGAGAUCAUCGAAAAGGCCACCAAGCUCACCAUCAACGAGAUCUUCGAGUCGGAGGGCGAGGAGGGCUUCCGGGACGUCGAGUCCCAGGUCCUCGACACGGUCCACGCCUACGUCCGGUGCGUCGUGAGCACCGGCGGCGGCCUGGUGUGCAAGCCCAAGAACUGGGGCAAGCUCCAGACGGGCAUCGUCGUCUGGCUCGACGUGGCCCCCGAGGUCAUCCUGAAGCGGGUCGAGGGGAACGAGGACCGUCCCCUGCUCAAGACAAAGGACCCCCUGCAGACCCUGAAGGACCUCCUCGAGGAGCGGACCCCCAAGUACAACCAGGCGGACCUCCGCGUCGAGAUCACGGAGGACAUGGACGAGGACGCGGUCGCCUCCCGGAUCGUCCUCGACCUGCACAACUUCAUCGACGACAAUCCGCCGGCGUGGAAGCUCGCGAAGCAAAAGGCGCAGGAGGAGGGACUGGACUGGGUCCAAUGAGAAAGGACAAGAACCGAAGGAUAGAACCAAACCAAAUUCCCACUGUAAAACAACUACACAAAAUGCUGUCAUAUCUUUACAUGCCGUUCCGUCUUUCUAGCUCGCAAAGGAGCAGCACCAGAAACUAAAGGCAAUGCAAUGCA